UAAUAUUUUUUAAUAUUGAACCUAUUACUUUUUUAAAGUUAUGAGUUCAUAUUUAUCGUUACGUAAUUUUAAUAAAUUUUCACAUAAAUUUAUGUUCUGCAUGGAUUCAUAUAAAUCCGAUUCUUAUCUAUAGGGUUGGAUCCGCCCCUACAAAUACACAAUCAUCCAAGUUGCAACGUUUUUCUUUUGUCUCUCUUAUUCUGCAUAUUUUGUUUUGAUUCAGAGUUUGUUGUUACUGUAUUCUGUUGGUUUCUCCCCUCAAAACAACUUUCAUGAGUAGCUUUACCGAAAUAUAGAGCAUAUAUUCAGUGUCUUUUUCUCAUCAUAUCUGACACCUAAUUUCUUCUUCUUCCUCCUUUAUUUUCUCUCUUUGUAGUUGUUUAAUUUCUUCAGAUUCUCAUUCUCUUGUUUCUGAUCCUGAGAGAGACUGCUCUUUAAUUUCACCCAGGUCUCACUCAAAGAUGAAGGGUAUAUGUUCAUGGCGGAGCUAGAGUAUCCGAGGGGUUCAUCUGAAUCUCUUUCGUCGAAAAGUUAUUCUAUAUAUAAGUUUAUCCUUAUCAAACUGGAUUUACAAGAUGCUAGAGAAAAGCGAAAGGCCUUGAAGACAGUCUCCGCUCUUUCAGGAAUCGAUGAGAUUUCGAUGGAUAUGAAAGGUAAGAAGUUAACCAUCAUUGGGACCGUUGAUCCAGUGAGCGUAGUGAGCAGAUUACGUAAGUUUUGGUGGACAGAGAUACUCAUAGUAGGACCAGCUAAAGAGCCAGAGAAGAAAGAAAAACCGAAAAAAGAAGAACCUAAGAAGGAAGAAAUUAAGAAAGAGGUGGAGCCACCUAAGGAAGAACCAAAGCAAGAGGAACCACCCAAAGAAGCAAAGAAAGAGGAACCACCUAAGGAGGAAGCAAAGAAAGAGGAACCACCCAAAGAGGAAACAAAAAAAGAAGAUCCUAAAAAAGAAGAAGAAGAAGAAGAAAAGGAAGAAGCACCCAAAAAGGAAGAAGCGAAGAAAGCACAACCACAUCCUCAACCACAACCACAACCUUUUCCACCAGCUGCUUAUAGGCCAUAUUAUCCUCCUAUGAACACAUAUUACCAACAUGUCCACCACAGCAUGGAAGAGAAUCCUAAUGCUUGCACUAUCUGUUAAACAGGCUUGAGGAGGUGAUCUGAAUUGCUAUUGAUAAGAUACGAGGCUGAUUUCCUAAACGUAACAGGUUAAUUAAUUAGGAGGGGGAAAAGAAAGAAAAGAGAAGAAGUCACAUAUAUAGGUUAGUAUCUUUUUUGUUGGCCUGGUGAUAUUCUAUUAGAAUGAACCCAAGACUAGCAUUGGACAAGAGAGAAUGGGAACUUUUGUGAAUAGAAGACAAUCGAUGCAGUAUUCUAAUUUUCUGAAUCAGAAUGUGUAGAUAUGUUUGAAUAAGAAUUUCGCUUUUUGUUCC